AUGAAGGCAACCUUCUUCAUGGCCAUCCUGUUUGUGACCAUUACAUCCAGCGCCGCCAUUCCUGCAGAAAAGGCCGGGGACCCAGCCGCCAAGGCGCCCGUCCCAGCCCCUUCGAAGACUAACCCGCCAUCCCAAAAGGGCAUCCCUCCACCGCAAAAGGGCUCGCCCCCAGCACAAAAUGUUGUCACUCCUCCAGCACAAAAUUCCACCCUCCCAGGCGGAUCCAUUUGGGGCUGUGAUGACGCUAAGGUCAAAGGAGUCGUCUUCUCUUUCCGCGGAUGCGAAGUUGAAUAUGAGGUCACCGAUGCCCCAAAGAAAGGCGAUUGUCCUAGCAAGAAAGUCCGUCGAUGCUGCAACAUGAAAGCUUCCAUGGCAGUCUCGUACGGAGGAAACUGCAUCCCGGCAGCCAAGCAAACUUGA